AUGUUGAAGUUUCUCGCCGCCAACAUUGGGGCACCGAUGGAGAAAGAUUAUGAGCGUGAGAGAGAUAUGAGAGAUAGGGAGAGAAGAAGCAUACAAGAGUGGGGUGGUGGUGGUGAGUUGAUGAUAAGAAAUGAUCAUCAAAGCACACUUAAAUAUGAGAAUAAUGGGAUGAGAGAGAACAUAGAAAUGGAAGUUCAAGCGUUGUCCAAGAAAAAAAUGAUCCAUUAG